AUGUCUCUCUCAAGCUCCUCCAUCAACAUCCUCCUCCUCAACCCAAACUCCUCGCUUGCCAUGACCAAGACCAUGGAGUCAGCCGCCAACACAAUAGCAGCUUCUUAUCCAUCCAUGUCCAUCAGCACAUACACGGCCCCGGAGCAGGCUCCGGCGAGCAUCGACAACGAAGAUGGCAUAAACGCCAGCGUUGAAGCCGUCACCAACGACCCCGGAUUCAUGUCCUGUAUUCGCUCCACGCCAUUCGAUGCUGUGCUCGUGGCGUGCUUCAGCGUCCAUCCCUUGGUCAAGCAAUUGGCCUAUUCUUUGACACCUGUUCCUGUAAUCGGCAUUUUCGAAGCCAGCAUUCUGACCGGAUUGUCUCUCAUCCCCACAGCUGAAGCCGAUGGAGUGCACAAGCAGCAUAAAUGGGGCAUUGUGACCACGGGGGCAUUUUGGGAAAAUCAUCUUCUCAAUGGCGUGGCCGCCUUUCUAGGCUCCUCCACGGCGUCCUCGAGCUUCAGCGACCCCAGAUUCGCCGGCGUCUUUUCCACAGGCCUUAAUGCAGGGGACUUUCACACCAUAUCGCAAGAUGAAAUCAACGUGCGUCUCAGGGAAGCUACCAAGCGGCUGCUCUCCUCUGGAAACAUCACCUGUGUCGUCAUGGGCUGCGGUGGGAUGGGAGGCCUGCAAGACAUGAUUCGCACCAUCGUCAUUGAGGAAUACGGUCAGGAGAGGGCCAAAGACGUGUGUAUAGUGGAUGGAGUCCAGGCUGGUGUGCUACAGCUGCAGCAGACGGUGCUCAGCCGGCGAGUCUUUGGCGUCGUCGAGUAG